AUGACGGAACACUACAAGUGUUGGCACGAACAAUUUCCCAAUGCAUUGCUAGGAUACCGAAUGAUAGUACAGACUUCAACAUGGGCAACUCGAUACUUAUUUAUCUAUGGCACUGAAGCAGUCAUACCUGCCGAAGCGGAAAUACCAUCACUCAGAAUCAUCCAAAAAGCAGAAUUGGACAACGCAGAAUGGGUUCGAAACCAAUACGAGCAACUGGCUUUGAUCAAUGAGAAAAGAAUGAUCGUUGUAUGUCACGACCAAUUAGACCUACAAAGAAUGGCUUGUGCCUUCAACAAACGAGUUAGAGCUCGACUCUUUCAAAUAGGACAAAUGGUACGCAAGAGAGUGUUCCCACAUCAAGACAAGUAUAAAAGAAAGUUUUCACCCAACUGGCAAAGCCCAUACGUGAUCCGCAAGGUACUCUCCGGAGGAGCAGUGAUCCUAGCUGAGAUGGAUGGACAAGAAUGGCCCAAGGCCAUCAAUUCAGAUGCAAUCAAGCUAUACUACGCGUAA